GGGAUUUGAAAGAUAAUCCGGGAUUUUUUAAUAAUUCUCCUCAACGCGUAGAGGUACUGAACAGAAUUGUGGGGAAUCAAUUCCCCAAGGAGCAACAACUCGAUGGAAUUUUAAUAUUCGAACAAUAAAUGUAGUGUUUGAGAACAGAGAAUCACUGAUUGGAUGCAUGGAAGAAAUAAAAGAAAAUUUCACUAAUGAAACCGUUUGUAAGGCAGCUUGCGGUAUUCGCCGUAUGUUAAACGAUUCUGUUUUCGUGUUUUGGCUGACAUUUUUCAUCAUGUCAUGCCUCACGUCGACACCUUGUUCAACCAGUUGCAGAAGAGAAAAACCGAGCCAGCGCAGGUUAAAACGGCUAUCGAUAAUUUUGAAAAAUGUAUUGUCGAUGUGAGAAAUAGAAUUGAUGACAUAAUAAAUGAAGCCAAAAGUAUUUACACUGAACCCCAAGGCAACAAAAGGAGACGACGUAAUAAUAGCAGUCACGAUCACCGAGUUGCCGCAUUAGAAGUAUGCGAUAAUACAGGGUGUCCGCAAAUGAUUUCAAUUCAAAGAUCAUUUGGUAGCCGCAUCCCGUUUUUCCCCGAACACUUUGGAGAAUACUGUGUUAAGUUUCCUGAUGACAAGUUGGAAACUACCUGCUUGGCUUAUCCCGAAUUAGAAAAAAGUCGUUUAAAUACAGAGUUGUCUGUUAUUUAUGCACGGAAUGAUUGCCGAGAUUUACAUGGAACUCUGUCUCUUUUGACAUUUUUGAUACAAAAUGGUUUGGAGGAAACACUAAAAGAAACAAAAAAGCUAUUAGAAAUUAUUGUUACACCUCCUAUGUCAACAUCAGAGGCUGAGCGAAAUAUCUCAACAUUGAAAAGAAUCAAGACUUUUCUUCGUAAUACUAUAACCCAGGAUCGCCGUACAGCGUUGUCGAUGCUGUCCAUUGAAAAGGGAUUUAUUUCGACCAUGGAAAAUUUCAACGGCAAGGUGAUCGAUAAAUAUUCUGCCAAGAAGGAGCGCAGGAUCGAACUGACAUAUAAAAAAUAACUAAAUUCGGAUUUGCAGAACACCUGUUUUAUUUUGCCACGAGCCGCCACUGGUAAUCAUAAUAAUAUGAAGACUAAUUAUGAUAAGUUUGCUAGUAGGUUUCCUAAAAAUAUUAUUCAUUAUUAAUAAUAAUGUUGAUAACUACAUAAUGUUCUCUUUAAUAUCCAAAUCACUGAUCAACAG